AUGGGCGCAUACGUCUCAGAUAUAGUAUUGUAGUCUUUGGGCGCAUGGCAUCUUGAUUUUGACAAUUGUUUGACAUAUAAAAUUGAAAAAGAAAUUAAAAGAAUCAUCAAAGAGUGUAAUUCUAUGGGAAGUGGGAAUUAUAGUUUCUUUACUCUUUGAGGGGAGUUUUACACUCUUCAUAGUUGGUUGAUUGGUUGUUGCAAAGAGUAUAAUAAGUAUAGGGGAAUUGUUGGCUGUGGAUCAAUGUUUUGCUUGCGAUUGUUGUUAUAAGAUUUUUAAAAGAACCUACCACGGUAAUUAAUAAAUGGUUUGAAGGUUCACGUAUUGAGAAGUAUCGUGUUUUGAGAGUUAUUUUGAAAAUACUGACUGACUGAAUUGUCUCUUUUGCUGAAGACCUCAACCUCAAGCUCAACAGUCAGUUCCAAAUCACAGUAAUCAGUGUGUCAAAAACUACUACCUACUUUCAAAUUAAUCGUUUGAAGCUUCUGCUAAACUUUGUGUAACAUGUUUAAUUAAUAAUAACAGCUAAAAGUUAAAAUUUGGAAGAUAACAUAAAAAAAUACAUUGUUGACAAGAUGUCUGUAUCAGAUUUGAAACAUUCUCUAAGGAAAUAUGAAUUUCCUGCUUGUGCUAAGGAAGCCCUCAAUAGAAUUGAACAACUACUAGUUGGUCGGGCGGCUCCUUCAAAUAAGCAGUUGGACAUAGCAAUGGAUAUAAUAUCAGAAUUUGUGUUCUGCGAGUCUGACAGGCGCAGCGGGCGAAGAAGUGGAGGUUUGACUCCAUUACAGGAUUUACAACUUAUAGAUAUAAUAUGUGACUACUUGUCGGCUUGUACUAAUGAAACCACUAAGAAUACUAUCUUCUUAUCACUGUUUGGAGGCAUGGAAAGUCAAAGGAGGUUGAAAAUUCUUAGCAUUCUUGCCAGUAUGGCUGUUUCAGCUUCCAGUACUCCAGUGCUACUUGCAGUUGGAGUUUGGCUGCAACAAAUGGGCUGUUCAUCAUCACAGUCCUUACAACUGGUUGAGAAUGUCAUCAGAGACCAUUUCUAUCUGAACACUUCAAAUCAGUUGGCUCUGAAGUCGCUAGCGAAUACAGCUCCACAGUUUGUGUCUAACUUCAUUACCGCUGUAACUGAGCUGUACAUGCAUGAUGCUCAAGGAACAAAUGAUAAUAAGUUGCCUCCUAAGAACUUGUUAGAGGUCAUAACUGCUUGGGUUUAUUCAAACCCUACACUAUGCAUGUCUGCUCAGUUGAAUCCAGCAGCACUCCCCAGUGGAUCCAUUCCUAUGGCUGCAGUUACUCCCCUAGCUGGUCUCAUACAUUGGUGUGCAUUGGCUCCCCUUUAUAUUGUUGAUGAUGACACAGAAAUGGUGGAAGUACCUGUACCUUUUAAGAAAAUUAAACUGGAGGGUGAAAGUGACAGAUCCUUGAUAAAAACAGUGACAAGUAAGCCUCUGACAGAGAGUGAGUUUUAUAUAAAGCUGCACCUGGGCGUACUGCAUAGUUUGCGCGCCGGAAGACGCACGCACGGGCCUCCCACAGCUGUGAAUGCACAGCACCUGGCUGCGCUCGCGCCAGUUGUCCAGUCAUAUGCACACAAUGUGCUGAAGAGAGGUGGAAAGAUACAAAAUGAUCAUAAGUUACAGGAUUGUCUGGACAGGAUAGGGCAGUCAGUGCAAGUGGCACUAGCUAAUGGCUGCGUGUAUGGCAAUAUUAGCAACCUCCUUGCAGCAUUAGACACGCUGCCUGAAAACAGGCUGCUGCGGAUUAUCAUUAAAACACAUCAGCAAACAAUUUGACAAGUUCUUUCGCCAGUCUGUGGUUAAUCAUUCAGCUGGUAAUGUCUUACAUUGAAAUUUUACUUUCAGCACUUGUUGCACAAAUUACCAUCUGUGAUGGUUGCAACUUUAAAAUCUUUGUUAUUAUUAACUGCAAGAGUGUAAUGUACAGUCCAUUAUUAGAAUAUAGCACAUAAUAAUUACUUAAACACAGUGUAAAUAA